AUGGACGACGUGAAGCCCACCGCAAGAUGGGCCAACCGCAUGUUGCGCCCCUUGGCCUCAAUCUACCGCCGACUCGAGAAGCAUCAUGAGACAUUAGCGAUUAUUGCAGCCGAUUCGAACAUACGUGAACAUAAUACAAACAUUCAUACGCACACACAAGGGACAUGUGAGGCUGUGAAGGCACAAGACAAUGACUCCGGGUCGGACGCGGAUGAGGAUGACCCGGUCUGGGUGCCAGGGAAGAAGCCUGAUCAGCGGCGCGUGCGGCACAAAUACUCGUCGAGGGGAGAAGGCAGAGCAGGGAAAAGGCGAACGCGACUGUCCAUACAUAGCCCGGAAGCCAGUCGUACUCUCCCCGGCGCGAUCGAGCUUGCAACCCCGGUGAUCACUGGCAAGCGAUGGGAGGCGCCAACGAGUGCUCAAUCACAACUCUCAGUCGAACAGAAGAGGCAAUCAAACGCGCAUGGACAAUUACAGGCCUUUCGCGACAAGUACCCUCUUCACAAGAGCCCCUGGCAAGAACUCCUUGGUCAAUCUGGCGACACGGGAUUCGCCAGCAUCGUACAUAAUCUCGAUCGCAUUCUUCAAAACUUUUUGUGCAAUACUCGCAUUACAAAACGUGAUAACAAUGAUGCAUCAGCCCAGCCUUUCCGUGGAACUCGAUCUCUGUUGUCGACAGUGGUACGACGACUGCCCGAAUUCAUCGCAAACGAGCAGGACGCUCAGGACGAGCUGGAAGAGGACGGGGACGAGGACAUGUGUGACGCAUAUUUCACCGAACUGGAAAAUUAUUACGCCGUCCAUGGUCAAGGAUGGAAGCCGCUUCGGGAGGCUGUUCGAGCACAGGGCAUCUACCUGGUUUCGACCAUGAUAACGAACAGGUGGUUAACGGAUCCGAUCGCGUGUGCAUUGAUUGAAAAGUGUCGAUAUCACGAACCAGACGCGUGUGAAUCAUUGCUAUCGAUAUUCCUGUCUACACGAACAGGCUAUCAUUACCCCGUCGCCCUCAAGCCUCCUACCGACUCGAACGAGCCGGGUGAUCCUAUCAGAUUACUCCGCAAAUACGCACAUUAUGGCCCGGCCCACCGCUCGUACAUUUUUGAUGAACUUUCCAAGCUUCUUACGCGUGGUGUUUUGCCUCCAGAGUGGAUGGCGACUAAGUCAUGGACUAGUUGGAUGACUCGGGCAACGAUAUCAUUUUCGAGAGGGGAUAGUGAUUGUGCCGCUGCCUCGCGGCUGAUAGAAGCCGUGCCCGUAGCAGCUGCUGAUAUUUUGCCGACUGCCGCUGUCUCAAGGUCGGAACGAGGUGAUACAAAUGACCUCGGUCCUGUCCAGGGCAGGCAAACGCGGACCUGUUCUUUCUCAGCUGCGGACAACCCGGAUCUCUCUUGGAAGUGCCCUGUACCAGUGGAGGAUGCGCUGAGCAACCAUGUGACGAGUCUCCUGGCAGCGCUGUGCGGCAUGCACAUCUCGCGAUCCCGUGAGCUUGAUGAUCUGGACGACUUUGAAGGAACAAAAGCUGGCCAUAUCAUCAACUACCUCUGCUCCAUCCUCGAGAAAGACUUAGAAUUGCAGCCGCCUUCUCAUGUUACCACUUUGACCUUCCAUCAGUUACUGAGGCGCGGUAGCAUCUUACUAGCGGAUUGUCUGUUACAAUGCAACGAUGCAGUUUUAAAGACGGACCAUCGACAUGUUGUUGGCUCUACGCCCAUUCUUGAACGAUACUGUGAGACAUUGGCAUCUCGCUCCGGUCUAGUCAAAGAAUUCGCCUUGUUUGUGCGACAAGCUUUCCGAUGUUUUGGCAGUAGCACGGAUGAUGAACGCCUCUACAUGGGCCGAGAGGUUCGUCGCAUGGUGUCUCGGCUUCCUAGAAUGUCCGACGCGCCAGCUUUGUCUACUUUUCUAGGUCGGGUGGCCGUCGAGGUCGCUAUGGAGUUUGCAGAGAGCACCGGCGAGCCAGAUGAUCAUGUGUGGGCGGUUGAGGUUCAAGAGACGGUCAUUUCUCUCUUGGGUAAGAAGGAACCUAGUCCGGAAUCUUCGGAGGAAUCGGAGGACCAGAGACCUCGAAGUGGUUGUUUCCGCUGGGAGGAGAGCAUUGGUGAAUGGGUUGCUCGCACUCCGGCAGUCAAAUCAAACGCACCACCGAGUGCCGUGACUAGGGGUCGUCCCUCUUUGACUCCAAGGCUAAUUCCCUGCAUUCCCUGUUCAACAGACAGCAGCUCGCCCGAACCAGACCACGAAUCUGAUCGCUUCAUGGGAACCCCUUCGAGCUUGACCUCCUCGCCUCCAUCGACUGGGUUGAAACGAACAUUUGAGUGCACAGAGUCUUCGCCCCUGCGACCAGCUAAACGCCGACAGCCAGCCCCUGUCAUCGUGGAACAACACGGAAGGAACCUCAGGAGAAGGAGUGGGCUCUCGUCCGCUACUAUUGCCCCUAAAACUCCAUCCUUAGAGCCUGUGCCCUCACAGCGUCGGGCUCUACGUGAGCUAUCGAGUCGCAUGAAAAAUACGCAGGCGCCCAGGCCGACAGAAAAACCCGCCACCAAGGUCGAGGUAGUUAUUAUCAACAAGGCUCCUGAGACCGCGCCUGUCGAAUCCGCUUCCGAGUCAGAGCCGGAUUUGUUUGAGAAGCAGAUUCAUCGACCCGUGGAGCGGCGCAGGUCUGGGCGAUCUCGUAUCUCGAUCCUUCCCAGUCGAGUCGCACCAGUGGUGGCCCGGCGCAAGUCGAUGGUGAUACCUUGCUCAGAAGACGACAGCGAUGACGAGCUUAGCUUCCUCUGA